GGUACUUGGCUCGAGUGUUUGGCCGAGCAUUAGUCAUUCGAAGGUUUACGACAGAGAAUGGAGGGCGACAGCACUGGAACUAUGGGCUUCGUGAAGAGCCCUAUGCCUGCUGCAGCUUGGGAGCUUGUGUCACUCUGGUCUGAAGUCUGGGAUGCUCCUCGAUUCCGAGGGCAGGACCAAGUUCAAGGGCCCAUGCUAAGCAGAGAGGCAAUAGCACCAUUGCUGAAAAUUGCGGCCUCCUGUGUGGUGGUCCUGCAGCAGCAGUUGAAGGGCCAUGUUGAAACAGUCAAGUCUCACGGUGCUUAUGGUGCAUCAAGAGAGCUUCUUGUUGCUGCCAUCGAUGGUGCGCAUGGAGCUGAUCCUCAUGGACACCCUGUCGAAUUCGUUCGAGAGCUGACGAAAUCAGCAUUCAUGACAGGAGAUGGCGAAUAUACUGAGGGUCUUUCAGAGGCGCAGUUGGACCAGCUCUUGGAUUCUUUGUGUGCAAAUCAGCUGGAGCAAGCGGCAUCCCUUGUGAAAGACCCUACUGCCACUUUGAAAUCUGCGCUGGAAAAAGUUUGUUCAUCGGUGCAAGAAGUGCUUGCAAACCCGCCAGAGGAUGGGGACAUGGCCGGAGUUGCAAACCGGCUCCUUCUGGUUCAGCGGUUGGAAAGAGCUGCAGAGGAUGCAUCGGCCAUUCUACACAAGGAAUCUUCCGAGGAGAGCUCACAGAUGGAGAGCUCCCAGGUGGAGACCGAAUCCACCACUGAGCCCAUGGACGAAACUGAUGGUAAAGAAGAUGAGGAAAGUCAUGAGACGCAAGAGGCGACCGAAAAGGAGAAUCCUUUGAAGCGGACGAAGUCCCAGGUGGCCGCCAAGCUGAAGGUUCAGAAGGUGAAAGAGCAUCAAGAAAACAUGCUCAAAGAGGUCUAUGACUUAAGCCGGACCACCUCUGCAUUGUCCAAGCGGGAAGUGGAGGUCGACGAAUCCGAAAAGCUUCGUGCUGAACUAGCAGCUGUUGAGGAGGCUAGAAAGAAAGCCCGGAACUUCGGCGAGGAUUUGUUGGAGGACAUGAUGGCUUUGGACAAUAUCUCUGGCUUAUGUGACGAGGAUCGAGGUACCCGAAAGGCCACACUCUCUGGACUCGAAGGUCUACUGCAGGACGUUGACACUGCCAAGUCCCGCUUGGCAAUGCUGCAUCGACAACUCGAGGGGAAGCUGCAAAAAGCGGAAGCGGCAGCAGCAAAGAGGCGCGCUGCAGAGGAUGUGAAGCGAUUGAAGGCUGCUGCAGAGGCAGCGCGUGCUGCUGCGGCGAAAGAGGCUGCAGCCAAAGAGGCCGCGGCCAAAGAGGCCGCGGCAAAAGAGGCUGCGGCCAAAGAAGCGGCAGCAAAUGAGGAAGCGCCUGAUGCAGCUGAAGAGGCUCCCCUCCCUUCGGCCCGCCGGCGGGCCAAGGAGGGCCAAAAAGCAGCGGCGUCCGUCUUGGAACCACCUCCACCAGGCAAGUCUGUCUGGGAGAAGGUUGUCAUGCUGACAUGUUGUCGUGCUGGCAUGCUGACACAGGUUCGGCUGCCACUUCGUUUCAACUCCCGGGAGGAGCAAAACAACUAUGUGAUCUCUGCAACCGUACCAGGACUUGACCUGGAUGAUCUCAAGUUGGAGCUGGGGGAGUCUUCCACCCUUCGAGUUGAGGGUCUUCGUACUCCGUCCAGCGAGGAGGCGACGCUGAUGCGGCGCAGGAUUGCUCAGAAGAUUCGGCAAAUCGCCAAAACGUCGCCAGAGAAGUUUGCCAUGCUCGUCAAGGCAAUUCCGCAGGUUUCUGAAGACGCCUACAUCGAGCUGGGUCAGGGCGAGUUUGGUCGUUUUGCGGAGACCUUCCGUUUGCCUAGAGAUGUGGAUGUUGAGAACAUUGAUGCAUCGUACCGAGACGGAGUCUUGCAAAUCGUGUUGCCCAAGAUCCAAAGACAGCUGCCAGACCAGCUGGCGCGUGGUCGAAACCUGGGACGUGGCCCUCUUCGGAGGGAGAUGCAUCCUGGGCUUGGCCAAGGCGCUGCUGGCCCUUGGGGUGGUGCCCUCUUUGGUGGACAUGAUGACUUCUUCAGGUGGUAGUGCGUUCUGCCUACACGGCCAAUAGACACAUUCUGACAAAUUCAUGAUUUUGAUGGGCUCGUGCCCACUGCAGGAAUGCACAGAGCUAGGCAGAGUUGUUGUACAGAUCUGCUGCCACAUACAUUUCAUUUUACAUAGUGGCUUGACUCUUUGACACCGUCCAA